ACCCGCCCCUGCGGGGGGCGUGCGUGGCCGCGCUUAAAAAGGCAAAGGCUCGCGGUCCGCAAGAUUCUUCCUGCACACCUCCUGUCGCAGUCCGUUCUCUCCGCUUGGCCUGCAUCCACCCACUCCGCCGCCGCUACAACCGCGUCGCCCGGGUCCUCCGCCUGACGUGUCCUGGCCCUACGCUGCCUCCCGCCCUCGCCGACCCCGGCCACGAGGUAACGCGUCCCGCGCCGGCAAGCCGCCGGGACUCGCGGUGCUCGCCCCGGUGGGUGUGGCCCAGACCCGCUGGUGUCUUCACUUUGGGAUCCUCCCGCGCCCGCCGCCGCAUUUCGGCCUCCUCCAUAGUUCCCGGCCCAUAGCUCCCCGCCCCCACUGCCAGAUACACAAGCUUCCCCCCCACCCCCAAACUAGUUAAGAUGUCCGAGGCGGUAGGAAAUCUCCAUAGCCUCCGCUUGGCAAACAUAGCCCUGCGAGAAGAAUUAAAUGCCCUUCGUGGAGAGAACGCCAGUUUGGGUCUGCAGCUCGGAAGAGCCCUGGCCGAAGUUAAUUCUUUGCGGGGCAAUGUCUCGAGCUACAUCCGCUGGCCAAUGCCCAUAGUGCCUGUCCUUGCGGAGGAGAACUUUGAGUUCCUGCUCAAUGAGACAGAUCCCACUCCCGAUGAAGGGGUCCCCUUCUUGUGCUGGCCUCCACCCACGGAUUCAGAGUAUGUCUCGAAUGAUCUUUUGAUUAAUGUGGUCCAGGACUACACUAACCCCGACGAGUCCACCGACCCUCCUCUGUCGUCCAGCCCGCCCCCUCUGGAGCUGUCCUCCACAGAUAAGGAGCCACCCCUACAGCCCCUUCUGCCACCACUGGAGCGUCCUGACAUAGAGCCCUUUUCUGGGGACCCAGUCUACCUGGCUGAAUUCCUGAUGCAGCUAGAGACCUUCAUAGCUGACCAUGAGGAUCAUUUCUCUGGGGGAGCAGAGCGGGUGGCCUUUCUGAUCUCCUUUUUUACUGGGGAAGCCAGGGACUGGGCCAUCUCAGUCACCCAGGAAGGAAGUUCCCUGCAUGCCAACUUCCCGCGCUUCCUGGAUGAAAUCCGUAAGGAAUUCUGUGGUCCCAUCCCGCCACGCGUGGCUAAAAAGGCAAUCCGCAAGCUCAAGCAGGGCAACUGUACCCUGGGCAGCUAUGCAGAUGCUUUUCAAUUCCUGGCCCAGUUCUUGUCUUGGGAUGACUGCCGCCUCCAAAACCAGUUCCUCAAAGGCCUGUCAGAAUUUUUCCGAAAGGAACUCCUAUGGUCAGCUGAAAUGGCAGACCUGGAUGAUCUGAUUCUUGAGUGUGUGGAAAUUGAAAGAAAAGUACGCGUUCCUAAGCCAGUCACACUCCCUGGGGUUCAAAAUACCUUUUCCCCUUAUGCUUCAAAUUCUAAUGAGGAUGAAAAUGGAGUUGUACAGUGCUACAGUGAGGAUGAAGAUGAAGAGGCAGGCAGGCACAAGCUUUACCUGAAGGGGCAGCAGAAGUACACGAAGGAUUUCUGGGAAGAGAUGAGAGAGGAGGAGGAGAUGAGGAAGGAGGAGGGAGAAAUGAAUGAAGAUGAUGAGGAGGAGGAAGAGGAUGAGGAUGAAGGAGAUGAGGAUGAAGACUAUGAGGAGGAGGAGGAAGAGGAGAUGAAGAAGAAUGAUGAUGAUGAUGAGAUUAAGGAUGAGGAAGAAAACACAUUUGAAGUUGAGGGUCAGGAGCCAGAACAGGAGCAAGGGAGGGAGGCGAUCCAGUAUGAGCAUGUGCAUGACCACAUGCAUGUACAAGUGCAUUCACAUAUGUAUGCCCAUGCUGCCCACCACCAUGGUAUACAUGGGGAGCUAAUGGAGAUGGAAGAGCCUAUCUUUGUCGACACUUCAACCCAGACUAUCACCUCCACUGAUGGCUACCAUGCUGAGAAUUUCCUGGAUGCAUCACCUCCCAUAAUACAUUCCAGCAGACGGAGGAACCAGAAUCGAGUCCCACUUCUGGAGGGUCUUCCAGGUACCAAUUCACCUUUCUACAGCUCACCACCACUGAUUCGCCGUGCAGGUCGCUUGGGGCAACGCCAAAUUCGAAGACGUCCCCCUGUGCUAUUCCGCCUCACUCCUAGACAGGGGGGCCACCGAGCUGCGCGUGGCCGGAUUCGCGUGUAAGCACUAGGGUGAGUUGGCCACUGGGAACACACCCUUCUACUGCACCCCCUGCCCCUGCUAUUGCUGCCAUACCUGCCCCAUCUACUGACCAGUCCUUAAAGGGAGUUCCAGACCUGCAGGACCUGAAGAAGAUAUACAGGAUUCCAGAACAUCUUGUAACCAUGACCAGAGAGUGACAUGUGUCCAACCAAAGCCACCUGGGAAAGGAGAGGUCAGCAGUAGCUGUUCUUGCUAUGUAUUCUGCUCAGUCCUGGCUCCAGCUGGAGAGAGGUUUUUGGGCCUCUUCUUAUACAUACACUGGUCACCCUUGUUUACCCCUCUAGUUGUUCCCAACUCUCACCUCUCCUGUAUUUCUUUGCCCUGUGUUUUAUCCUGACUGGCUCACCAGAACUUCACCCAAUGCUUCACUGAUCUGCCCCAAUGAGGCCACUUACUAGAUAUAACUGACAGCAAGCAGAAUGGCAUCAAGAAGUGUACCUAGAAACACAUGCUUGUUUUGAGCCACAGUUCCAGCAGAUGGGCCUGGAAGAGGACCCUACGUCAGUCCAGUGAGUAUACAAAGCCACAAGUGAAAUGGACAGCUUGACUGACUGAGAUUCAUUCUGUGAUUGAUAGUGGCAAGCUGACUCCACUUUCAGCACUUGCGAUUACCUUCCCUCAGACUCCUGUACUAGGGUCUUGAACAGGUAGGCCAAAUCUGGGGCCUUCUCUUAUCACACUACCCUUGUGGACAGCCCCUGUGGAUGGAGGUUAUCAUGGCACCUAAAGGGGUGGCAUUUGGGGAGGGAGGAAGAGGCAAAGACAGCAUCAGCAGCACAACUCAGUUUGACAACCUAAGGGACAUGCCUUAGAGACAGGGGCCACUCCCCCUGCCAGAUCUUGAACUGCUGCCCCAGCCAAAGGCUUCUACAGGAGACUUUGCUUUCUUAAGGCUGUGGUGGACAGUGGCUGCACUAGCCGCUCUUUAACUUCCUGUGACUCUAAGGAGUCCUCAGCUCUGAGAAGAGCGCUGGCUCUACAGAGACUGCACCCAUUGCAGCCCCACCAUCUGACACUGUCAUGGCUCUCACGUGGGAGUCACUCCAGCCUGUUCGUUUACUUAGCAAGGCUUAAGAGGUGACAACAUCCCAGGCACUCCUAGAGCUUCUGGGCACAAACUUAGGUGCCCACAUAAAAAGACCUGCUGCUCACCUUGGGUCCAGAAAACACUGCUUCUGCAGUGAAAACUACACAUUUACUAUGACAGAUCUGGCCACAAAAUGGCAUCCAAAAUUAACUGCUGACCCAACUUGCCCUGGACACUGAAAUUUCUGCACAGUGCUUGGCAGUUGGGCAAGUGCAGCCCAAGUAUCUGGCCAGAUGGAAGAGAGCAGUAAGUGGAGUGCCUGCUCCUCAUUGGAGUCUGAAGAUAACCUCAGCCCAGCCCUAGGAUUUGGGCCUAAUGCCAGAGGAAGGAGCUGGAAGAAGAGGAGUCACAGAGAUACCUAGUCCUCAGACUGGGUUACGGUGAGCUCUCUAUCAUCAGCAAAAGCUUCUGUCCUUCGAAGAGAGCUCUAGAAAGAAAAUUGCUCUCCUUCAGGACUGUGGAUCCUGCUUGCUGUUGUCAACAUGUUGGCCCCUGCCCUGCUGGUGGAGAAGUGCAAAGGACAGGUGCCUUGCACCCUCAGUUCCAAGGACACCCUCAGCACAGGCCCUGCCUGUUGUCAUGGUGCUUCUCACCCUGAACCCUUUGAACAUCAGCCAGGGAGGGAGUGGAUGAGCAGUGAGCUGGUUUCCAGGCCUCUGGGGGCAGAGGAGGCUUGGGCUUUCCUUUGACCUCCUCCUCCUUUCCCACAUUUUCAAUAUGUGUUGUGAUGUGACAGCCAUAAGAGAUACCUGAGGCUUUGGGUGCCUCCUUGGAUUGAGGGGGUGGGGGAAAGGGGAAAUGCAUGCAUGGGUAUGAGGGUAGUAGCCCAAGGGUGCCCAGAGACUCGGAGGAAACCCUUUUGAAACAAACAUGUUACUAUUGUUAUUGUUACUGUUGUAUUACUGUGUGGUGAAGAUUAGAACUUGCUCUGUGUGCUAAAGCUCUCCCCUCAAUAAAAAAAUAUAAAGGGUGUGUAAAGAUCA